UUUCCAUAGGUUGCUGUAUGUAUUGAAUCUAUUUUUCAUUAUUGGCCUCGAUGCGAUAAAGAAAACCCAUCCUCUUGUACUUAAAAAUUACGCCCUACAGCAUUUGUUUUCUUCGACUCACAAUGAACGCAAAUUCCAUGUAUAUGAAUCUUUCCCAACGCAUGCAAUGGUUUGGAAUAUGGUGAUUAGUUAGUAAGGACACAGUUAGGUAUAAGAUCAGAACCGCACAAUCAAGAACGAUUCAUCGGCUAAAAUCGAUUAAAAAAUCGAAGUUUUUCAUCAGUAAAAAAUAUCUCUAAAAAAAGAAUCUCAGAUCGACAUCCCUAGUUUACACAUUGGGACAAAAAUAAAAUUCUAUUUUAGUUCGUCUUGAAAUGAAACCACCAGAUUUUACCAGAAUAAUCUUCAUUUACAUUAAGCAGGCUGUAAAAGAACUGUGAAGAAUAAAACGGAAAUUGGCUUCGCAGAUAAACGGACUACACGAUGGUUGUUCAAGAGGAAGCAGAGUCUUACAAAAAUAAAGGAAACGAUGCUUUUAAAUCUGAAAACUAUCAGGAGGCAAUCACUUUUUACACUAAGGCGAUAAAUUUGGCCGAAAAAGGCAGCCGAGACCUUGCAACAUAUUUAAAAAAUCGGGCCGCAGCCUACUUAAAGACCAAAGAAUUCGAAAAAGUGAUCAGUGACUGUGAUAAAGCUCUAGAAAUAAUACCAGAAGAUCCGAAAGCCUUGUUCCGGAGAUCGCAAGCUUUUGAAUGUUUGGAGAGAUUUGAAGAAGCCUACAGAGAUGCCAAAACAAUAUUUACUGUGGACCCAACUAACAAAGCUGUCCAACCUAUUCUAUCACGUCUACACACUGUAGUACAAGAGCGAGCUCGCCAAAAUGCUCAAACAAGCAAUAAAGUGGAACAAAUGUUUAAGUUGGCUUUUGGGUUAGGUGAAGAUAUUGAAAAACGUGAGAAGGCCAUGGCUAACCUAUUAGUUUUAGCGAAAGAAAACAGUGGUGCUGAGGUAAUGUUAAAAAAUGGUGUAGUUCAAAGAAUUCAACAACUACUAAAAGUGGAAAAAAAUUCUGAAAUUUACAUCAAUGCUAUCCGUGUCAUAGGUCAAAUUUGCAAAAAGAACAUUGAAAGAACAAGAGCAGUUUUGAAAGUUGUUGGGAUACCGUGGAUUUUAGAAAUCAUUGACAGUACUGAUGAGAAGAGAGUGAAUGCGGCUCAGUAUUGCCUUCAGAUCAUACUUAACUCAUUUUCAGGGAUGGACAAUAAACAGGAAUCAAAACCUGACCCUAAACUUUGUGAGGAAAACAAAAGUGAAAUAGAUACUCUACUCACCUGUAUCACCUAUUGCAUCACCAAUAGGGUUAUCAGUGGACAGGCUAGAGAUGCUCUCAUUGAACUAAUCAUGAGGAAUUGCCACUACAGUGCAAUCAAUUGGUCAGAAAGAUUUGUUGAAAUCAAAGGGCUGCACAGAUUAUUAGAAGUUUGCAGUGAACUGGAUGAAUAUAAAUAUGAAUCUGCCAUGAAUAUCACAGCAUCCUCAAGAACCAUAGCAGCAGCUUGUUUAGCAAGAAUAUAUGAAAACAUGUACUAUGACCAGGCGAGAGAGAAAUUUAAUGAGCAGGUAGAUGAAUUUGUUAAAGACAAACUGCUCAGUCCUGAUCUGGAAUCAAAAGUUAGAGUAACUGUAGCCAUCACUUCUCUACUUAGAGGCCCAUUAGAUGUUGGUAACUAUGUUAUAUCUAAAGAUGGUAUUAUAGAAAUGAUUCUUGUUAUGGCUCAAACUGAUGACCUACUGCAGCAAAAAGUCGCCUGUGAAUGUUUGAUAGCAGCUGCAUCCAAGAAAGACAAAGCCAGAGCCAUACUUACUAAAGGUGUUGAUAUCUUGAAAAAACUUUACCAGUGCAAAAAUGAUGCAGUCAGAGUAAGAGCCUUAGUAGGCUUAUGUAAAAUUGGCAGUUUUGGUGGUGAUGAUGCUUCCAUACGCCCAUUCGCGGAAGGUUCCACAAAAAAACUAGCAGAAGCCUGUAGAAAAUUUUUGGUAAAUCCAUCUAAAGAUAAUGACGUGAGAAAGUGGGCUGCUGAAGGUCUCUCAUAUCUAACCUUAGAUGCAGAUGUUAAAGAGAAACUAGUUGAAGAUAAGCCAGCUAUUCAAGCUCUGAUUGAGUUGGCUAAAACUGGUGAUCAGUCAUGCCUAUAUGGUGUUGUAACCACUAUAGUUAACUUGUGUAAUGCAUAUGAAAAGCAGGAAAUGAUGCCUGAAAUGUUAGAACUAGCCAAGUUUGCUAAGCAUCAUGUACCCGAACAGCAUGAAUUGGAUGAUCCUGAUUUUGUAAGCAAGAGAAUAUCAGUAUUGACAAAAGCUGGUGUAACCAGUGGCUUGGUAGCAUUGGCUAAAACGGAGAGUCACAACUCAAGAGAACUCAUAGCUAGAGUAUUCAAUGCUAUUUGUAAUUUGCAAGAAUUGAGAGGCCUAGUUGUACAACAAGGUGGAGCAAAAGUUCUAAUACCAAUGUCUCUUGAGGGUACUCAAAAUGGAAAAAAACAAGCUGCUCAGGCUUUAGCCAGAAUUGGGAUAACAAUAAAUCCAGAGGUGGCAUUCCCUGGUCAAAGAAAUUUGGAAGUCAUUAGACCUUUACUGGCAUUAUUACAUCCAGAUUGUACAGCCUUGGAAAACUUUGAAGCAUUAAUGGCUUUGUGCAAUUUAGCUGGAAUGAAUGAGACAACCAGAAAUAGAAUAAUCAAAGAGGGAGGUUUAUCUAAGAUUGAACAUUACCUAUAUGAAGACCAUAUGAUGCUUAUUAGAGCAGCCACACAGUGUAUUUGUAACUUACUUCAGUCUGAAGAAGUUGUCAAAUCAUAUGAAGGAAAAAAUGACAAAACCAAAUUCUUAUUCCUACUGUGCCAAGAAGAAGAUGAGGAUACAGUCACCGCUGCAGCAGGUGCUUUGUGUAUAUUGACUUCAGUUAGUAAAGUUUGCUGUCGAAAAUUACUAGAUGUCGAGCAAUGGCCUGAAACACUAAGGUGUCUUCUAGCAAAUCCAAACUCAGAAAUACAAUACAGAGGAACCUAUAUGUUGUACAAUAUAAUAAAAGAUGACAAAGAUUUUGCUGCAAAAGUAUUUGAGACUGAUAUAAUGGAAAUAUUAAUGGCACUGUCUAAAUUAAAUGAUGAAGCACACAUCAGAGCCAAUGAAUAUGCUCAAAAAUGUUUAAAUGCAGCUGAGGACUUAGGAGUCAUAAGAAAGCCUGAGGCAUAAUGAUUGGUGUUUUUAAGAAAUUCCCAAAUAAAUUUUGAAAGAAAUAAAUAAUAUUGUAGGAUUGUUUUGUUAAAAUAUUGAAAGUAAUAUACAUACAUUAUUUAGUUAAAAAAUUGUUUGCAUAGAAUUUGUAAUUUGUAUUUAUAAUUUUUAAAUAUAUUUUUUAUUAAUGGCAUAUUUUACCAUCACAGGUUAGUUGCCAAACGAGCACCGAAAUUUAUCCACAAUA